AUGAAUCGUCUUGUCCAACAAAGAGCAUCUAGACUGGUUACAUUGACAAUCCCAAGUAGACGAUCUCAGACAUUUGUCAUGUCAAAAUCAAUGUUUGGAAUGUCAAGACGUCAGAUAUCUCAGGCUAGAAUGGGUGCUGGUGUACGUCGGUUGAAAGAAAACGAUUCUGGAGCACUUCAGAAUUUAUUAGAAAAAGUGAAUGAAAUAGAAAAUGAAUUUACAGAAAUAUUCCAGCCGUUCAAACCCCUUACACACACAUGCAAAGCUUACUGUACAGCAGAUGCAUACCAGAUAAAUUUAUUGAAGCCCAUGGUUGCAGAUUCACCUAUCUACAGCCUUGUGCCAGAGAUUGCAGACGACAUGUUGCACAUAUCAGUGGGUGCAACCAGUGGUGGGGGUGAAAUUUUUGUGUGUGCAGAUGGUACUUUUACAACGUGGGCUGUUAGUGAUCAGACCAGUCAGCACUUUUUGGACAACUUCGUUCGUUCUGCAGUCGAAAUACGAUCAAAGUCUACAAUCGAGACAGAAAUCAUCAACUUUGUAGUAGAUGAAGACGAGCUCACAAACGUUAAAGGAGACUUGAUCUUACUCAACCCUUAUUCACCAUCGCCUCAAUUUUCUAAGGCAGCAUUCUCACUUGCCCUGGGCCGUGCAGCAAAAUUGUCUACCUUUGAGUCAUCCAUGGACAAAUAUCUGGCUUCAAUUGAAGAUAUUCCAAUCAAAUUGGCUAACGGAGAAAGAGCUCUGUCGAGCUCAAAAGAAUCUCGGGUCCUGGAAGCCAAAUUGAUGUGUUUACACCAGCAACUUGGUAUGAAUGCUACUGAUGGCUUCCUCGAAACUCCAGAUUUUCAAUGGACACAACCUGAAUUGCAAGAUUAUUGCUCAAAGAUAAUUAAUCUGCUCAAACAUUAA